UCCGUGUGUCCGUGCCCAUGUGCCCGUGCCCGGCGCUCUGUGACUUUAAGCACACCGCCCCUGCCGCCGCCGCUCUGUGCCCGCGCAGAGUUCAGAGUCCGUGACCCCAAACGACUGCCGCUAUAAGGGCCGGGGCCACGCGGCCGCCCGCGCCGCACCCGUGGGUGCCUGUGGGUGCCUUGUCCCGGCCCUGUCCCUGCCGUGUCCCCGCGUGUCCUCUCUGAGCCACCCGAGGCGGUGACAGCCAUGUGGCCGGUGCUGCUGCUGGUGCUGCUGGUGGCCCUGGCCGUGGUGGCCCUGGCCCGGAAGGUGAAUCGGCUGCUGGGCCCGGCCGGGAACCCCUUCAGCCGUCCCCUGGAGCCACCACGGCCACUGGUGACCAACCCACGGGCCCGUGACAGGGUCCUGAAGCAGGGGUUCAGUGCCCGGCGGGUGCCGGCCGGGCUGGACGCGGUGGUCAUCGGCAGCGGCAUCGGGGGCCUGGCGGCGGCCGCCACGCUGGCCAAGGCGGGCCGGCGGGUGCUGGUGCUGGAGCAGCACGACCAGGCCGGGGGCUGCUGCCACUCCUUCCAGCUGCGCGGCUUCGAGUUCGACGUGGGCAUCCACUACGUGGGGCAGCUGCACGAGGGGAGCCUCCUGCGGGUGGCCCUGGACCAGGUGACAGACGGGCAGCUGUGCUGGCAGCGCCUGCCCGACCCCUACGACGAGGUGACCCUGGGGACACGGCGCUACCUGAUCCGCUCUGGCAAGGUGGCCUUUGUCACCGCGCUGGAGGAGCAGUUCCCCGAGGAGAAGGACGCCAUCAGGGAGUUCAUGAGGAUCUCCAAGGUGGCCGCGCGGCACGUGCCGCUGCUGGCCAUGCUGAAGCUGGUCCCCAAGUGGCUCGUCACCGUCCUGCUGCGCUCGGGGCUCCUGCACCUCCUGUCCCCCGUGUUCCGCAUGGCCACCACCAGCCACAGCCGCGCCGUGGCGCGCCUCACCUCCAACCCCGACCUGCGCGCCAUCUUCACCUACCUCUUCUACGGCUCGGCGCCGCAGGACUCGAGCUUGCUGGUGAACACGCUGAUGGUUCACCACUACCAGCGCGGGGCCUGGUACCCGCGUGGGGGGGCCAGCGAGAUCGCCUUCCACGCCGUGCCCGUCAUCGAGCGCGCGGGGGGCGCCGUGCUCGUGCGCGCCCCCGUCACGCGCGUGCUCGUCGGUGAUGACGGCUCCGCCCGGGGGGUGGCGGUGCGGACGGGUGAGGGGGAGCUGGAGAUCCGCGCCCCCCUGGUCAUCUCCGACGCGGGGGUCUACAACACCUUCGGGAAGCUGCUGCCCCCCCACGUCCGCAGCCAGCCCGAUGUCCGUGCCAUCCUGGACAUGGUGCAGCCAGCCAUGAGCUCCUUCCUGGUGUUCGUGGGGCUGAGGGGCACCGCGGCCGAGCUGGACCUGCCCGCCACCAACUUCUGGAUCUACCCCCACAGCGACCUGGAUGCCAUGAUGACCGAGUACACCGCCCUGAGCCGCGACGAGGUCCCCGAGAACCUGGCCAUGAUAUUCAUCACCUUCCCCGCCGCCAAGGACCCCACCUACGAGCAGCGGCACCCAGGUAAGUCCUGCAUGACCAUCCUGACCCUGGCGCGCUACGAGUGGUUCGAGGAGUGGUCCGGGAGCCGCCCCCGCCACCGCGGCCACGACUACGACAGCUACAAGAUGGACAUCGCCCAGCGGCUGCUGGAGAAGGCCCUGCUCCGCUUCCCGCACCUGCGGGACAAGGUGGAGCACAUGGAGGCGGCCACCCCGCUCAGCAACCAGCACUACCUGGCGGCCGCGCGGGGGGAGAUGUACGGCGGCGAGCACAACCUGCGCCGCUUCAGCUGCGACGUGGCCGUGGCCCUGAGACCCGAGACCCCCGUGAAGAACCUCUACCUGACAGGGCAGGACGUGUUCUGCUGCGGGCUGGCGGGGGCUCUGCACGGGGGGCUGCUCUGCGCCUCGGCCAUCCUGGGCCGGCUGCUCUACCGGGACCUGCAGCUCCUCAAGGUGCAGAUCAAGCGGCGCCAGGGCCAGCACGCGACAUGAGGGGACAGCGGCCUGGGGACAGCGGCCCGGGGACAGCGGGCCGGGGACAGCCGUGCUCCGUGCUCGGGGACAGCCGUGCUCCGUGCUCCGUGCCCGGGAUGGCUCCGUGCCCGGGGAUGGCUCCCAGCUCAAUAAACCCCGAUGUCCCAGC